GCGAGCCUGUGGGCGUCCCCGGCCUGUACAACCAAGUAGGACCCGCCCGGAUGUUUGGGCGCCGCCAGCCAGCGUGGUGGGCGAGUGUGUGAGAGUCUGUGCGUGGCUUGGCUGGGGUAGUCUGCGACUCUGUUCCGUCCCGGGGUCUGUCUCGGACCCGGCGCUCUCUGUGGCGCACUCCCCAACAAGCGGGAUGCAGGCGGAGAGGUCGGAGCCCGCCUUCCUGCAGACGCCAGGGUUCGUGGGGCUCUCGGCUCUCGCAGUCCGGCGAGUCGUUGGUUGGAAUUCCUCGGGAGAUUCGGAAAAAGGGAGGGCAUGAGUCCCGCAAGCAGGAGUGCGUGGUGUCCGUUUCGUAUGCGUGUGCGGGCGGGGGGAGUGUUGCGGUGCUCGGGUCUCCGCUUUCUUGGUGACAGUUCGCUCCCUUCAGCAUUAGCCGCCCCAGCCUCCCUCCGCCCCCACAGACCCCGCCCGCUGGACCCAGACAGCGUGGAGGAUGAGUUUGAACUGUCCACCGUGUGUCACCGGCCUGAGGGUCUGGAGCAACUGCAAGAGCAAACGAAGUUCACGCGCAAGGAGCUGCAGGUCCUGUACCGGGGCUUCAAGAACGAGUGUCCCAGCGGAAUUGUCAAUGAGGAGAACUUCAAGCAGAUUUACUCCCAGUUCUUUCCCCAAGGAGACUCUAGCACCUAUGCCACUUUCCUCUUCAAUGCCUUUGACACCAACCAUGACGGCUCGGUCAGUUUUGAGGACUUCGUGGCUGGUCUGUCGGUGAUUCUCCGGGGCAGCGUAGAUGACAGGCUGAACUGGGCCUUCAACCUGUAUGACCUCAACAAGGAUGGCUGUAUCACGAAGGAGGAAAUGCUUGACAUCAUGAAGUCCAUCUACGACAUGAUGGGCAAGUACACGUACCCUGCGCUCCGUGAGGAGGCCCCAAGGGAGCACGUGGAGAGCUUCUUCCAGAAGAUGGACAGAAACAAGGAUGGAGUGGUGACCAUUGAGGAGUUCAUAGAGUCUUGUCAAAAGGUACAGGCCCUACGCCCUCUUGGUUUCCCUGGUCUAGACUCAGGGCCUGGUUCAGUGAUAUACGACGAAGAUCCCUUGGACAGAGUACUGCUCACACACAUUCCUCGGCACCCCAAGCCUGUUCCUCCACACCUGGGAGAGGCAUACUACCUGGAGGGCCUCCUCUAUCCCCACCUCUGCCUCCCCGUCUCCCUGGCUCUGACAAGCUCUUUCUCUCCCUUUCUCUCUCCACCCUGCCUCCCCUACCCCGUGACCACAGGAUGAGAACAUCAUGAGGUCCAUGCAGCUGUUUGAUAAUGUCAUCUAGCUGCCCAGGAGAGGGCCUCGGUUGGCCCGGGGACCAUCCUCCAACCCUAGUCUAGGCAGACCGCCCCUUCUCUUCCCAGCUCUGGCCGCAUCCUCGCCUGCCCUUCCUUGGAAUCUGUGGGCAGCCGAGAGCCUGAGGAUCAACUAGUCCAGAUCCCUGAGUGGAGGGGGCCACACAGUGGGCAGAUGGCUUCUAGGGGGUGUUCCCAACUCCCAAUGGCUUUCACCCCCUCCUGCCUGACACCCAGCUCUUAGGGUGCCCCUCCCACCCUCACUAGAAACUGACACUAGCCAGAA